GAAGUGGCUUAGGGACGCAUGCGUAGUGUCUCCGCGGUAAUUAGGGCAAUUUCCUCGGCAGGCGUGAGGGGAUCUCAGUCCCUCGGGGUUAGUGUUCCGUCACCUCGCCUCUGUCUCCUCCGCGCCCGAGCAGGGUGGCGGGGUCGCAGGCUCUCGAGCUCCUCCCGCUUCCCAUCGCCGACUUCCCUCCGCUGUGCGACUCUCAGGGCCAAAAUGAGUCUGUUUGGAACAACCUCGGGUUUUGGAUCUGGUGGGACCAGCAUGUUUGGCAGCACAACCACAGAUAAUCACAACCCUAUGAAGGAUAUUGAAGUAACAUCCUCUCCUGAUGAUAGCAUUGGUUGUCUAUCAUUUAGCCCCCCAACCUUGCCGGGGAACUUUCUUAUUGCAGGAUCGUGGGCUAAUGAUGUUCGAUGCUGGGAAGUUCAAGAUAGCGGACAGACUAUUCCAAAAGCCCAGCAGAUGCACACGGGGCCUGUGCUAGAUGUUUGCUGGAGCGAUGAUGGGAGCAAAGUAUUUACAGCCUCAUGUGAUAAAACUGCCAAAAUGUGGGACCUCAAUAGUAACCAGGCGAUACAGAUUGCACAGCACGAUGCUCCUGUCAAAACAAUACAUUGGAUCAAAGCACCAAACUACAGCUGUGUGAUGACCGGCAGCUGGGAUAAGACCUUGAAGUUUUGGGAUACACGAUCAUCAAAUCCUAUGAUGGUGUUACAGCUCCCUGAAAGGUGUUACUGUGCUGAUGUGAUAUAUCCUAUGGCUGUGGUGGCAACUGCAGAGAGGGGCCUGAUUGUGUAUCAGUUAGAGAAUCAGCCUUCUGAAUUUAGGAGGAUAGAGUCUCCACUGAAGCAUCAGCAUCGAUGUGUGGCUAUUUUUAAAGACAAACAGAACAAGCCAACAGGUUUUGCCCUGGGAAGCAUUGAGGGGAGAGUUGCUAUCCACUACAUCAACCCCCCAAAUCCUGCCAAGGAUAACUUCACCUUUAAAUGUCAUCGAUCUAACGGGACCAACACUUCAGCUCCUCAGGACAUCUACGCGGUUAAUGGAAUUGCGUUCCAUCCUGUCCAUGGCACCCUUGCUACUGUGGGAUCUGAUGGUAGAUUCAGCUUUUGGGACAAAGAUGCCAGAACAAAACUAAAGACUUCGGAACAGUUAGAUCAGCCAAUAUCAGCCUGCUGCUUCAAUCACAAUGGAAACAUAUUUGCGUAUGCUUCCAGCUACGACUGGUCAAAGGGACAUGAAUUUUAUAAUCCCCAAAAGAAGAAUUACAUUUUCCUGCGUAACGCAGCCGAAGAGCUAAAACCCAGGAAUAAGAAGUAGUGGCUGGAGACCUGUGGGUUGUCCGGAGUUUUCUCUCCAUUCUGCCUCGUCUUUGUACGAAUUUGGGUCCCAGCUUUCAGUAGGUUGUCAGCCCUGGAUGUGGAUUUCAACCUCUGGAGAAAAUGAUGUCAUUCUUCAGCAGUCAGGAGCCAGGCGGCCACAGUGACUGUCCGUCUCCAUUCCACUGCCGGUUACAGGUUUCGUCUGUACCUCUAAGGAGAUUCAAAUCAUUAUAGACGUCCUUAGAUUCACAUGGGCGCCUGCCAGGUAUUUGCAGUGCUUCGUCCCGCAGUGUAUGUAUUAGAGAACAUUGGGAAACAUUUGGCAAGCCUGUACUGUAUUUUGUAAUAAACAUUUUGAAGAUUGUCUCCUAA